UCCUCUUCUCAUUGGGAGCCCUGAACUCAUCGAUAACAAUAAUUAACCGACCAGAACAACGAUUAACCAGUAGGGCUUUCUCCUGGGAGCUGUGAUCCAGAGGGAGUUGCCAUGGCCGCUGAAGUCCCACUGACAUUCCUCCACUCAGUUUCUUUAGUCCUGGACGCCUAGAGGAAGAGGAAACCUAAUUGGUCACUGGACUUUUCUAGUCCAUGAAGGAGGUUUCGGUUUUAAGAAAUAAAGUGACUUAGCUGUAGGUUCACUCCCCCACAGGAAAAUAUUGAGACAGAGCUUUCUAGUUCUCAGUUGUGAUUUGCAUACAACUUCCACUUCCUGAUCCAAAGCCUGUUCUGCAACUUACCUGAGACUAGACAGGACAGGGAGAGAAAGAGAGAGAAAGAGAGACAUCCAGAGCAACCCAAAUCCCGAGGACGCUUUAACGAGUGACAAGAGAGAGGAGGGAGAGAGAGGGACCCUGCUUUCUUUGCCUCUUUCCAUCCCCCGGGCUGUCAGGCUUCUUCCAUUCUGAUCAUGAGAGGCUCCCAAACACUGAGCUAGCUCUGGCAAUGCAUGUGUCAACUUCAUUAUCAACGUGUGCAUCCCUGGAAAGUAUCCUGCCAAGAAACUAGAAUGAGCCGGAGCAUUCCUGUUGAGGUGGAUGAAUUUGAGUCAAUUGAGCUGAUGAAACCAUUCCCGGAAUAUUCAAUGGAAGGGGAAUUUGAAGUGCCUGCUCCAAAUGAUGGCAACAUGGUACCCAGUGGCUCCUAUCCACCUGAAUCUUCCUGCACUUCUCCAGGAGACCCUUCUCCAUCCCAUAAGACCCAAGAGCUCACAAACCACUACUGGCUCGCAGAACAUCAGGACAGACAUCUGCGUAAUAAGAUACUAGAAGAGUGUGAAUAUAGCUUCUGGAGGAGACACGCAGAUCCUGGGAAAGAUUUCCCCUCUAGUUCCUCAGCUGCCAGUGAGUCAGUGGUUGGAGCACUCUCCCCUAAGCAUCCGUUUUCACUUAUGGAAAAACGCAAUCAGCCGCUGGGAUCUCAGCUUUCAGCUGCUUCUCCUGACACUGGCCACGACUCAGGCAAAUCAGACCAAAGUUUACCUAAUGUGUCAGCAGACUCCCUUGGCAGGAGCCAGGAGAAUGCGCAUCGACUCCAGGCCCCUGGGAACCGAGGGCCACCGAAUUUGCCCACAGUAGACACUGGGUAUGAUUCCCAGCCUCAAGAUGUUCUAGGUAUCAGACAGUUAGAAAGGCCCCUGCCCUUGACAUCAGUGUGCUACCCCCAAGACUUCCCCAGGCCUCUUAGGUCCAGAGAUUUUGUCCAGGUUGGACCUCAGAGAUACCCGGGAUGUGUACAGAUGCUGCCUCCUGAUCCUUCUCCACAUGCUCAGUGGAACUAUCAGUAUCAUGGUCCAGGAGAGCCAGAUCACCGUGUUCCAUAUGGCCAAGAGUACCCCAGGGCAGCCUACCAGCAAUUGGUACAGCCAGCCCAGCUGGUGCCAGGCCUUCCCGGACCCGGUGGAAGAGACCUCCGUCCUCCUGUUCAAAAAGUCAUCCUGAAUUAUCCCAGUCCUCAGGGACAAAGAGACUAUUCUUCGCCAGUGCCCCCAAGAUACCAGGGUCAGAUAUAUAACCAGCCACCUCCCCAAGCUGCUGCUCAGGAUGAAUCAUAUGAGUAUCCUGCUGACUACAGACCCCAGAUUAAUCAGAUUCCUUCCCCAGUUGCCAUCCCAAGACCCUCCAGUACACCUGCCAUCAGAGGGACUUUGAAAACAAGCAAUUUGCCAGAAGAACUGCGAAAAGUCUUCAUAACCUACUCUGUGGACACAGCUGUGCAAGUCGUGAAAUUUGUGAAUUUUUUGUCAGCAAAUGGAUUUCAAACUGCCAUAGACAUAUUUGAGGAUAGAAUCCGAGGCAUUGACAUCAUCAAAUGGAUGGAGCGCUACCUUCGUGAUAAGACAGUGAUGAUAAUCAUUGCAAUCAGCCCCAAAUACAAACAGGAUGUGGAAGGAGCAGAGUCCCAGCUGGACGAAGAUGAGCACGGCUUACAUACCAAGUACAUCCACAGGAUGAUGCAGAUUGAGUUCAUAAAACAAGGAAGCAUGAACUUUCGGUUCAUCCCAGUGCUCUUCCCCAACGCUAAAAAGGAGCAUGUGCCCACAUGGCUGCAGAACACUCACAUUUACAGCUGGCCCCGGAAUAAGAAGAAUAUUCUACUUCGGCUACUGAGAGAGGAGGAGUACGUCCCUCCUCCAAGAGGUCCUCUGCCCACACUACAAGUGGUGCCCCUUUGAAGCUGCCCAAGAAUAUGGGGCAAAAGAUCCUGCUGCCUUCAUUUAAACUGAAUGCCACGGCACCCCUGGCCCUGGGACCUGAGUGGUGGAAGCAAGCUCACGCUGAUAGCUGUUUCCCACUUGUUCCCUGGGCACGGCAAUGAGUAAUUUCUCUUGAGCACUUGUCCCCACUCAGUAUCCAAAUGGCCUCUGUCACUAAUGCUGAAGCAGAAGCAACGUGUAUCUCCCUGGGUUCUUCAACCUACUGCCAGAUGGGAUAUAAAGAUUUUUUUCCCCUCUUAAAAUCACCUAGGGCAUUUCCCUUAGCACCUUCACAAAUAGAUACUGUAAAUGAUAUUGCAAUAACUGUAGACUUUGACAGACACUCCUUAUUUGCUUAAGAACUUUUUCCUGUUUAGCCAGAUGUAUUUUUAUUAUCCUUAAAACAAAAGAAUUUCAUGUACAACACAAUAAAAUGUUUACUUUUGUAA